AUUAUUCUUCUGCAAACUAUAUUCAUCACCUCUGAAACUUGUGACUUCCUCAGAACUGAAGACACUGAAAAUCCUCACAUUUCACACUCACUGCAGUCUGUGCUCCAGACCUGAUCAUCUGAGGAAUAAUCAGCAACUUUACGAGCAAUGGAGGAAAUUUAUGAGAAUGUGGAACCUUCCAAACCUGCCAACCCAAAACGUUCCAGGAAUCAAACAGGUCCAAGGAGUUCUCAGAGGAGUUUUCAUUCAGUUAUUCUCUGUUUGGGGCUGCUGAGUGUUUUCCUGCUGGUUGGACUCAUCGUCCUCGGUGUCCUCUACCGUGACUCGGCUGCAGAUUUAUCCUCCAUCAAAGAAAACCUGACUGAGCAUCUGCAGACCAGCAAUGAUGAACUUUCCUCCAUGACAGAAGAGAUAAACCGCCUGAAUGCCAGCCUCACUGAAAUGACUAAAGAACGGGACAGACUUCAGACUUUGUCCAAACAGAAGAAAACGUGUCCUGCAGGAUGGAAGAUGUUCAGUUGUACCCGUUAUCUCCUCUCUCAAGCAUCUGAUUCCUGGACCAAUGGCAGGGAGGACUGCAAAAGACAAGGAGCAGAUCUGGUGGUGAUAAACAGCGCUGAAGAACAGAUGUUUCUCUCUACGUUCGCCAACAAACCAACUUGGAUUGGGUUGAAUGACAUCCAAACAGAAGGGACCUGGAUGUGGGUGGAUGGAACUCCUCUGACUCUGAGGUACUGGGACAAAAACCAGCCUGACAAUGGUGGUGGAAGUGCUCGAUGGGGUGAUGAAGACUGUGCAACUAUCAGAAGUCCUCACAACACUCUUUGGAAUGAUCUUUCAUGUACAUCGUCUCUGCAGUGGAUCUGUGAAAAACUACCAUAAUGUUGCUGCAUUAUUUGUUUGAGGAUCAUGUAUAUUUGAAGGUCACAUAUCUAUAGAAAUAACUGUGAGAACUUCAGGCUUUUAUGUUAAGUAUUUCCAGAACUGCUGUCAUUCACACAUAGCCUUAAAAUUCAACACCUAACUAAAUUUGCUGAAAGUGGAUCAUUCAGUAUUUAAAAAAACAAACAUCAUUGUUGUAGCAAAAUGUCAUUUGUACUUGGAUGAAUUCUAUUUGUACUGUGACGAUCACAAACCAGUGUGUUAAUCAGAGCACAUAAUAGAUCCAACUGUGAAUGUUUUCUACUAUUUUGUUCUGGUGUGUGAUUCUCUUGUGACCAGCGUCAACACAAAGGUCUAAUAACACCCAGACCGUGUGUCGUCUUCAUGAGGAAUCAAAGCUGCAGUGUGUGAAGGACAGAUGCUAUUAUAAGUUUGCAUUUCUUGUUUGACUGUGGGUCAGAUCUCUGAACUCAACCCUGGUGUCGGAGUUCUACCCUUCAGCUGAAAUAUUCACUCUGCAUUUCUCUUACUUUAUUAUUCUUUAAUAAAUUACAAAGACAAA